AUGCGCGUCCCAGAGGGCUUGAGCGUUCUUCCUGCGAGGUUUCAGGCUCCACGGAAUACGCAAGUGUCGAAGCUUGCGCUGCUAGAUCAGCCAAGAAACAAGCCUUUUUUACCCCAGGUAUUUGUCCGCCGUCUCGAGGCGUUCUUUGAGAAAAGUGCUAGUCUACAAGAGGCAUGGCAAAUCAUGCAUCUGCCGAUGGAAUGGCAAUUCCUAGAAUGCCAUUUCGACUUGGCUCCGUGA